AUGACAGCGGCUACAUCAAAAUCACUAAUUAUCAACAUCAUAACAAAUGGUUCACCACAAAUCUGGAGAGAUCCUAAUGAUCGUUCAAGAGAAUUAACUAAUAACAUUGAUGCUUGGAUUGAACUAGCUAAAAUAGCAGAAAGAGGUAAGAUACAUUCUUUAUUCCUUGCAGAUCAUCUAUCAUGGUUUGAUACUUAUAAAGGUGAUUAUAAAACUUCUGCUAAAACUGGUGUAUUCGCUCCACGUAUUGAUCCUGCUGCUGUUGUUACCGCAUUGGCAAGUGUUACUGAACAUUUAGGAUUUGGAAUUACUUUCAGUACUGUUAGUGAACAUCCUUAUCAUUUUGCAAGAAGAUUAGCUUCUUUGGAUUUGUUAACAAAUGGUAGAGUUGGUUGGAAUAUUGUAUCAAGUUAUUUAAAUAGUUUAGGUCCAAAUUUAUUAAAUGGUGAACCUUUCCCUGAACAUGAUGAAAGAUAUAUCAAGACCGAGGAAUAUUUGGAUGUGGUUUAUAAAUUAUUAUUAUCAUCUUGGAGAGAUGAUGCUGUUAAAUAUGAUAAAGAAUCUGGUAUUUUUGCUGACCCUAAACUUUUAAGAAAGAUUAAUCAUAAGGGGAAAUAUUUUAGUGUUGAAGGACCUGGUAUUACAGAACCAACACCACAAAGAUUCCCAUUUAUAAUCCAAGCAGGAACUUCUAGGAAAGGUAAAGAAUUAGCUGCUAAAAAUGCUGAAUUGGUCUUUGUUGAUGGUAGAAAUAUUGAAGUAUUAGCUAAAGAUAUUAAAGAAAUUCGUGAUUUAACUGAAACUUAUGGAAGAAAUAGAAAUUCAAUCAAAUUUGUUGUUAGUUCAACUCCAAUAAUUGGUGAAACUCAUGAAGAAGCUAUAACAAAAGCAAAUAAAAUUAAAAAUUAUAGUAUUCCAGAAAGUACUGAAGUUGCAUUUAGUGGAAUUUCUGGUAUUGAUUUAAAUAAAUAUGAAUUAGAUGAAGAAAUUCAAUUUGGUGAAAAUGGUAAAUCAAAUAAUUUACAAACAAUAACUGAUAAUAUUUUCAAAAGGAAAAAAACAAAUAAUCCAACAAGACGUGAAGUUAUUAAUAAUUAUUCAUCAAGAAUUGGUAGUUUAAUAGGAACACCUUCAGAAAUUUCUGAUGAGAUUGAAAAAUGGGUCUCAGAAUAUGAUAUUGAUGGGUUUAAUUUUGGAUUUGCUGAAUUCCCAGCAGGUGUUGAAGAUAUAACUAAUCUUUUAAUACCAGAAUUACAAAAUAGAGGUCUGUUUCAUAAUGAAUAUACUUCUAAAACUUUAAGAGAAAAUGUUAAAGGUAUUAAAGGUCAAAUUUUUGUUGAUGAAGAUCAUCCAGCAUAUAAAUUAAGAUGGACAUCUGAUCUAACAAAAGAAGAGUUUGAAAAUAAAUUGGGUCUAGCUUAA